UGGAGGUGAAGGAAAUGCGGUGCGGUGCUUUUUUGUAGCUCUGCGCUUGCCGUCGCUGCUGCUGCCCGUAUCCGGCGGGGGUUCGUUGGGAGGCUGAUGGCUGCGGUCUUCCUGGUGAUGUUGUACGAAUAUUCGCCGCUCUUCUACAUAAGCCUCAUCUUCCUGUGCUUUUUUGUGACCACCGCUGUGAUAUUGGGAUGGUUUGUUUGGGACAUUCCUGUUAUAAUCCGCAAUUCGGAGGAGACCGAGUCCAGCGCCAGGGUGCAGAGGAAACGCAUGGUGCAGGUGAAAAACCCAUUCACACUGGAAAUUAUAAACUCCGGUACUGCAUCAGUCACAGGUGGAAUAAGCCUCAAAACUCAUUGCACAGAGAAAUGUAUUUUGACUAUCUACUGGGGAUGCAGUGUUCAUAAACUUCAUGAAGGAUUACAAAAACAUGUUUACUGCUUCAGAAUAAAGGUGCCACAGAAUCUAGAAGAAGCGAUAGAUCGAGAAUAUCUCCAUCAAGAGAAUUUUCUUAUUGAGAAACAAAAUGAUGAUGAAAAAUUCUCUCAGCUGCCUAAAUAUUUAGCAGUUAAAGAUUUUGGGAAUCUUCCUCGAAAACAAUAUCCACUAGUUGCAUUGUUGACAUUAGCAGAAGAGGAAGACCAGGACAUUUAUGAAAUUGUUUCUAUGGUAACAGUAAUUCAUGUUCCUGAUGAGAAAUACAGACUCAGCUGUCGAAUCUUGUACCAGUACUUGCUGACCUCCCAAGGUCACAUAUAUGACCUUAAGAGACUUUUUAUAUCUGUUGAUGAAACCAGUUUAUCUCCACAACUGACUUCAGAAACUGGCCUGGCCAAAAAGCUCCUGGAGAAAUUUGGCACCACAGAAGAGGAGCUUGGCUCGCAAAAAGAAAGCAGCAAGGAUUGUGUUGUUUGCCAAAAUGCUGCUGUGAACUGGGUUCUGCUGCCCUGCAGACAUGCCUGUUUAUGUGACUGUUGUGUGAAUUACUUCAAGCAAUGCCCCAUGUGCAGAGAGUUUGUUAAAGAAUCUUUUGCCCUAGUACGAACAGAGGAAGAAGUUGAUGCAUUUAAACUUGGCACUGAUAAUCAGAUACUUGAAGAUAUCUGGGAAGACCUUGAUGAGGAAAACAUUCACAAUGGUGUAAAUGAAGGCCUUAAUCUUUAAUGGAAAGAAAUAAACUCAGAAAAUGUAGCUUCUAUGAUAUGAGCUAUGUGCAAUUUAGAGUUAUAAAGUCUUGAUGAAGGAAUUAAAUAAGAUAUUCUG